AGAUUUCUGACCUAUCUCGAACUGCCCGCUCCUUUCUCUAUCUUUCAACGCAUGACGAUCACUAUUAUGGACACAGGCAGUACACGUCCCUCGUCUCUUACAACUACCCGUGACCCGGAAAAAGGCAUAGACGGAUAUGUCUCUCCCUCAUCCGCGUCCGCGAACGAAAAAACACGGCCAUCUUCAGUUUCUUCGUCACACUCUCAACCACUUACCGUCACUUGGGACGGACCCAACGAUCCGGAGAACCCAAGAAACUGGACGACGCGUAGGAGAUGGGUAGUGACUAUGGUUGUUAGCCUGUUCACGUUCAUAAGUCCGGUCGCUUCUUCCAUACCUUCCCCAUCACUUCCGGCGAUCUCGAAUGACCUUCAUCUUCCCGUGGGGUCCAUCUUGCAAAACAUGUCCCUCUCGAUAUUCAUCUUAGCGUAUGCACUCGGGCCUCUUGUAUGGGGUCCACUCAGCGAAUUAUUUGGACGCCUUCCCAUCCUGCAGUCAUCAAACAUCUUCUUCCUUAUCUUCAAUACAGCGUGUGCUUUUGCCAAGACUCCCACUCAGCUUCUUAUUUUCCGAUUUCUGGCAGGUCUUGGUGGUGCUGCCCCUCAGUCUGUUGGCGGUGCCGUGGUGGGAGAUCUCUGGGCUCCCGAUGAACGCGGGAGCGCCAUGAGCAUAUAUUCUCUUGCACCCCUCGUCGGCCCUGCCACUGGACCCCUUGUGGGCGGAUGGAUUGCGGAGAAAAGCGAAUGGCAAUGGGUGUUCUGGAGCGUUAGUAUAGCCGACGCACUUCUCCAAGUUGCAGGUUUUGUCUUCAUACGUGAAACGUACGCAGGUCAGAUUCUGAGGCGCCGCGCUGCCAAGUUACGGAAAGAAAAGAACGACCCUCGUAUUCGAUGUGAGUUCGAGACUCCAGAUCGUCACUGGAGUCGUGUACUCGCCCGCGGCAUGAUCAAACCGUGGUACUUCCUCGCCACCGAGCCUAUCGUGCAGGUCCUUGCACUUUACAUGGCAGUUCUCUAUGGCUUGCUUUACUUGACUUUGACCGCAUUUGUCGAAUUAUUCACGGUCGAAUAUGGACAGAGCGACGGUAUAGCUGGCCUGCACUACUUGUCUAUUGCUCUUGGCUCCACUGUCGGCGGCCAAGUUGGCGCUCGUGUCCUCAACAAGGUCUAUGCAAAGCUGAAGGCCAAGAACGGAGGUGUCGGCACACCCGAAAUGCGGCUUCCCCUCCUCAUGGUGACGGCGACCACACUGCCCGUUGGCCUUCUCAUCUAUGGUUGGACAGCGCAAGCACACACGCACUGGAUCUUCCCCGACCUUGGCGUGUUUAUCUUUUCCAUCGGAAUCGGAGGUAACUGGACAUGCAUCCAGACGUAUCUCGUCGACAGUUACGCCGUUUACGCCGCGAGCGCCAUCGCGGGUGUUACUUCGUUCCGUGCCCUUGCUGGAUUUGGUUUCCCGCUGUUCGCGGAUAAGAUCUAUGGACAGCUUGGAAACGGUUGGGGCAACACGAUCCUCGCCCUCGUCUGUCUCGUAAUCGGAUGCCCAGCACCGUUUGUGUUCUACAAGUACGGUCCUGCACUCCGAGCCAGGGGACAAGGGGCGUAAGGUAGGGUGACGGAAUAGACGCCACUGGCUUUCGGGAGUCCUCAUUUUUGCACUGUUCUAUCUUCACAAUCGGGACUGUAUCGUGUUGGGCCACACAUUAUAGAGUGGCCCCUAUGUGUUUUUUCCUUCAUUUUCUGCCACAAUGUAGCCUCCAU